UCUGUUUCGGAAGAUGCGAAAGAUUUUCUUCAGUUCAACUCACGUCGUUCGCGAGGGCGGAACAAUUUAUCGGCGAUUUUCCCCAGCGACCCGUAUGUCACGGUACUGAAUCUGUGGAAAUCCCGUUCCGAUUCCCCGACCGACGGUUCUCGCGAAUCCAGAUAAAUUUUGUUUAUCGUCAGAUUCUGCGAGAGAUUGACUUUCGACGAUCCGAUUGUGAGAAUGGAUAUUUGUUUUGCUUACGCUCGAACCGCAACGACGCUCUGAGACCCUCUUUACUCACCUCCGUAAUCAACACGGUUAUUGAAAAUCUCGCAGUCGGUUGAACCGCCGACUUGAAAUACGAAAUCGUCUACCCCGAUUUUAAUGAAGAGGACACGCUCCGCGAAAUUUGGAUAACUCGAAUAUACAAUUUCAAUCGUACGUCGAAUCCGAGCAGGAUGACCGUGCUGGGGAGUAGCAAAACAGAGAGCCCGACGGCCAGGGCGGAAUGGGGUGGAGGUCUCGAGUUCCUCAUGUCGUGCAUAGCGACUUCGGUAGGACUUGGGAAUAUCUGGAGAUUUCCGUUCACCGCUUACCAAAACGGUGGCGGUGCAUUUCUGAUACCCUACAUUAUAAUCCUGUUGGUCGUCGGGAAGCCCUUUUAUUAUCUCGAGGCGAUUCUCGGACAAUUUACCGGGAAAUCGUGCACGGGCGUUUGGUCAAUGUCGCCGGCUAUGAAAGGAGUCGGAUACGGUCAGCUAAUAACCGCACUGUGCGUAGUAUCUUACUACGCGUCGUUAAUGGCCCUCACGAUAUUUUACCUGAUAGCGAGUUGUCAGUCCGAACUUCCCUGGUCUUACUGUCGCGAGGAAUGGGGAGCGAAUUGCAUCGAUUCAGCCGGUGCGAGGAACCUCUCCACCCUACCCGGGAACGCGACGACUCAAACGUCGGCGGAAAUUUAUUUCUUAAAAGUCGUCCUAAACGAGAUCGACUCGAUAGAGAACGGCCUCGGUCUUCCGUCGUGGCGGCUGACUCUGUGCCUAGCCGGAGGCUGGAUCUGCAUCUUCGGAGUUCUUUGCCGGGGCGUGAAGUCCUCGGGUAAGGCGGCCUACUUCCUCGCGUUGUUUCCCUACGUCGUGAUGCUCGCCCUACUGAUCAGAGCGGUGACUCUGGAGGGUUCUUGGAUCGGUAUACAGUUCUUCAUAACGCCGGAGUGGUCGAAACUGGUCGAUCCGAGCGUCUGGUACGCCGCCAUAACGCAGUGUUUCUUUUCACUGAGCGUUUGCUUCGGACCGAUAAUAAUGUACUCGUCCUACAACCCCUUCGAACAUCGACUGUACAGGGACGUGAUGAUCGUCACCACUCUGGACACCUUCACCAGUCUGAUAGCCGGCUGCACGAUAUUCGGGAUACUCGGAAACCUCGCCCACUCCAUGGGCACCGAGGACGUCAGCCAGGUCGUGCGCGGGGGCACGGGAUUGGCCUUCAUAUCCUACCCGGAAGCUUUGUCGAAGUUCACGUUCGUUCCGCAGUUGUUCGCUGUGCUUUUCUUCCUGAUGAUGCUCGUCCUCGGGAUCGGGAGCGCCAUGGCGUUGGCCGGGGGUCCGUUCAGCGUCAUCUGCGACAGGUUUCCAAACGUCAAACAGUGGGUGAUAAUGCUGUGCAUCUCGGUGGUCGGUUUUCUUAUCGGAUUGAUGUACGUUACGCCGGGUGGACAGUGGGCGGUUACACUGGUCGAUUACUUCGGAGGUACUUUUAUCGCGAUACUCGUUGGCGUGGCGGAGAUCGUCACGAUAUUCUGGAUAUACGGGCUGCGCCGAUUCCUCGACGACGUCGAAUUCAUGACGGGGGUUAGACCCGGUUUGUACUGGAGAUUGUGCUGGGUUGCCGUCACCCCGAUACUCAUGAUCGUCAUCAUGGUUUACACGAUCGUUAUCUACACUCCUGUCACCUACAACGACAUCGAAUUCCCAACUUCGGCCUACGCCAUCGGCUGGACGAUCGUUGGCCUGACGAUCGCCCAGCUGGUCGCCUGGAUGGCGUAUAGGUUGAUCAGAACCGGAAGCUCGUCCUUCAAGCAGACCUUGAAGAACGCUUUCCUACCGGACGAGAAAUGGGGUCCGCGCGACGACAAGGUGAAACACGAAUGGCGGCUAUUCAAAGAGACGAGGAAAUCGGAAGCUACGUCCAAUGGGCUCUACAAUCUCUUUUUCGACUAGGGAAAAAUCAUUGUAAAUAAUAAUUUAUGCACAGAUUCGAA